GUGUUCAACGUUGACUUGUCUUGACCACGACAGUCGCGACACGCUCAUCAUCACGUAGAGUCUUCAAUGGAGCCAUUCCGGAAAUCAGAAGAAUCCCAUCAGAUACAAGAUGCUAUUCGCAAGGAAAUCACGCGACUUCAAGCUCAGCUCCAGUCCGACGUCCCAGCCUCACCAAAGAAGAACACGAAACGCCAACUAGGGAAUACUUUGGCACCGUCAACACCAUCUCCAAAGAAGAACCGACAGAUUCCUAAAGUUGGUACCGACUCAGCUAUACCACCUCAACCACGUCCAGCGGCCAGAGUUCCCAUUCCAUCAUCUUCCAAUGUUCCGAUAUCAUUGCCUCCAAAGCCCGCGCCCUCGGCCGUUUUGGCUAAAUUGGCGCAAAGCAGCUCCCUCAGCCGCCGUGACGACGACGACGGAGAAGUCGAACCGUUGCGAUCGAUUGCAUUUACCGACAAACCUGCUGAAGUGAAACUAACGGUUGGACAGCACCGGGAUGAGAGACUGGCUCUUAUUGAAGAUCUUGAACCGGGCCCGUACGACCACAAGCCGCCGUUCGAUGACCCUAAUUUCGAGCAGCUGGAACCAAAUUCGGGUAUAAGGCUUUCCUCCCGCGUCCUGCCACAUGAACACCUACAAGAUUAUUUGAGAGGACGUUUCUAUAUCUCCCCAUCCCGACUCUACUCAUGCGUACGCCCUCUUCCUGACAAAAGAGGAUAUGAUGUCCCUGUGUUUAGCGAUUGGGUUACUAUCGCAGUCGUCGCCGAACGUGGUCCUAUCAAGUACAGUAAAGCACCCGUGACCAUCGAAGCAGAUGACGAGGGCAAGAAAACAGACACGAAAGGGAAGGGAAAGCAGAAGGACCAGUCACCCAAACCAUCGGGGAAGAAGUACGUUAAUAUGAAGCUUGUCGACUUUGGUUCGAGGUCACGCUCGGCGUCUUCCGCGACCGGUGGCAAGGCAGUCAUACGUGGGGACGCUUUCCUGUCGUUGUUGUUGUUCGAGUCGGAUGGUUUUGACGUAGAAACACGAGAGAACGGCUCGAAGGGGAAGAUUUAUAAGGGUGGGAGCCGCGGUGCCUUUGAAUCAAUGUCGAGACUGAAGGAGGGCGACGUCAUCGCCUUGAUGAAUCCCAAAAUCUUGAAACCAUUUCAGGUAUUCAUGCUUUCUUUACACCGUGGACCGUCUGAUCGUUCGCAGCAUUCAACCAGCAACCCUCAUCCCUCAAGCAAUAUCCUCGCACUGACACCGGAAUCCGCUGGCACGAUCACUACAAUUGGUCGAGCAAAAGACCUAGGAAUGUGUACAGUCCUUAAGCGUGAUGGUUCGGUGUGCGGUUCAUGGUGCGACAAACGUCUCAGCGAUGUCUGUGAAUGGCAUAUUCAGAAUGCCGUUGAACGUCGUCGCGCCGCACGUCCUGAGUUCACCGCCUCGACUUCUGGCAUGUCUAACACUGCAAUAAAGAAACGAAAACCUGCUUAUGAUCCUGCACGGCAAUGGGGUUUAAACCCUGCUGACGCAGAGGGAUCAGCGACUUAUGUACUCUCUGGACACGUCGUAAAGGGCUCAGGUCUGAGUUCGUUAGAGAUUUCGGAAAAUAUUGGGAGAGAGGGGCAAGCAAAGGCACAGCGACUACGCGCCAAAGAUGCAGAUAAGGCUCUCAAAACCCUUUUGGACCGAGAUAAGGAGGGCAUGAAGGCGGUGGUUGCAGCUAGGGAGUAUACCCAGAAGAAGGAUAAGAAAGGAAAAGAGGAAGGGAGGAAGAGGAAACGAAAGGACAAUGAAGAAGAUCUCGAGACCGAACCAUAUGCAAAGGCAACUACCCCGAAGAGCCAUUAUAGUGCAGAGAUGGUCAAGCAGCUGGGCUUCAAUCCCGCGGCGAGAACGGGUCAACAACGAGAGGACUCCCUUCUGAUGAAAAAGCUCGGUGUGCUAGCAGCUAUGCAGUCAUCGAAGCGAAAGUUCAAUUUGGCGCCGCGACCCGGACUGAGAGUGCGGUCUAAUGUUACGGUGCCGGUCGGAGAGAAAGAUCUGCCUUUGACUACGCAGAGAGCUGGGAACGCUGGCACUGAGGAUGUCGUGAUGGUUGAUCUCGACGACUGAAUAUUGGUUUUGUAUGAUAUCCAUUUUUACGUAUCUAGUUGACAUUGCUAUUAUAACCAGUGGCGAUUAUCGGAUUUGGGUGACCUUGAACUUUCGUCUUGGAUUUCCCGUACCCCAAUUCUCUAAUGCGACAAGAUGAGAUAUCUUUCAGUUCUUUGGCUACAGAAUCAAAUCUC